CAAGUGAGGAACUAGGGUUUUGGAUCAUCUCUCCUUGCGGCUGCUGUGAGUUGAAGGCGACUUUCUCAGAGAUUGAAGGAUGGGACACUCGAACGUCUGGAACUCGCAUCCCAAGUCUUACGGCCCUGGCUCUCGCCUUUGCCGAGUGUGUGGGAAUCCUCAUGGGUUGAUCAGGAAGUAUGGACUGAUGUGCUGCAGGCAGUGCUUCCGCAGCAAUGCUAAGGAAAUUGGCUUCAUCAAGUAUCGUUAAAUGGUGAGGGCCUCUGAUUUACUGCUACACUGGGUCGGCAAUGAAGUUGUUCGCGAAAUGGAGUUUGGAGUGAUUACUUUUACUUAGUUUCUUAUUCAAGACCAUAAUGUAGUAUAUUUAAGUUUCGCAAGUAGUUCUUGACUGGGGCACUGGGCCAGUUUUGACAUUUGAUACCAAACCUUGGUUUAUUUGCCUAAUCUAUCUUUGAGUGAAUUGCAUCU